CCUAGAGCUGCUCAGAGAGAAGCGGAGCCCGGCGGCGGGUCGGUCAGUCUGUCAACCCCGCGGACAGCGAGCGGAGGAGCGGGCGGAGCAGAGCGGGACUCUCCGGCCUCCCUGCGGAACUUUCCCGGCUUCAGCGGCUCCAUCGCGGCUGCCGCUCCGCAGCGCUGCGUGGACGAAUAACGGAGUUGCAUGAAAAGUGGGAGAAGUUGCGUUUCAGCUCACGAUGAAGAAGAACAGCUCCGGGAAACGGGGUCCGGCGGAGCCCGGCCAGCAGAACUCAGCGCCGGACAAAACGGGCUGGAUCAGGAAGUUCUGUGGGAAGGGGAUCUUCAGGGAGAUCUGGAAGAACCGCUUCGUGGUUCUGAAAGGAGACCAGCUGUUCAUCUGUGAGAAGGAGGUGAAGGAACUGGGCCGGGCCGAUGAAGUUCUGGACCUGUCCGACUAUGAACGCUGCGAAGAGAUCAGGAAGAACAAGAGCCGCAGCAAGAAGAACCACAGCAAGUUCAGACUGCAACGCUGCAGCUCCCCAGGCAACAUGGUGCCCAACCAGGUGUUCCUGGCUGUCAGCCCGGAGGAGAAGGACUCCUGGAUCAACAUCCUGAACACGGCCAUCACCAGAGCCAAGAACCGGAUCCUGGAUGAGGUGAUGGUGGAUGACUCCCAGCUGUCUCACCUGACCAGAGACCGAGUGAAGAUCCCUCACAACCGCCGGCUGCCCACCAGAGGCCACCUGCUGGCUGUGGCGUCCACCUCCUCCUCAGAUGGGAUGCUGACCCUUGACCUCAUCCAGGAGGAGGACUCAGUGUCUCAUAAAGGCGUGGCUUCGGAACCGCCGGCCCAGCCCGGUCCAGACUGUUCCCGGUCCCAGAUGGAUGGGUCGCUGGCAGACCGGACUGCUGAGUCUUCCUCCAAGUCCCAGAGCGAGACGGCCGUGUGGCAGAGGACGGGUUCGGCCCAGCCCCAGCCAGACCGGCGGCUGUGCGCCGUGGAGAAGAACUGCUGCGUCUCCAUGGACGAGAUCCUGAACCUGGACGCCAAGAACCAAACCCCGACCGGAACCUGCAGAACCGCGGCACCGCUCUGCCGGCUGCAGGAGCUCAUCGACCAGAAGCUGCAGCGGACGGAGCAGCUCCUGCUGGAAAUCCAGGCCGAGCCGGGCGGCGCCAAGGGCGGGAUGCCAGCACCGGAUGGCCCGCGGGCCGAGGCGCAGCGGCUCCUGGAGGAGGCGGCGGCCGUCUGGACCGAGGCCCGGCAGGUUCUGGACGAGGUCCAGGAGCUGAAGGCGCUGUACCGCCAGCUGGAGCCCGGCUGCCUCAACAGCACCAAACCCAACCGCAAGAGCCUGAUGUGAAUCAGCCAGACAAGAACCACAGCCCGGUUCUGGACUCUGCUGGGUCAUAAAGACUUCCUGUGGUUCCGUUUCCCUCAUCAACCCUGUCAGAAGUUCCUGUUCUGUUGAACCUGGCUGGGUCUCUGAAGCUCCGCCCACAAACACCUGAACAUCAGGUGUCCUCAGGUAUCUGUGGCUUCAGGAAGAACUUUGACCUGAGGUUCUGGUUGGACGACUCCUGGGUUUGGACCCGUCUAAAGAUCUGCUGUAAAAUAUUGAAAUGCUGCUUUUUAUGUUUUUAUUUUAAAGUUGAUGGACAUCAACGUCUAUGCAGAUGAUGUGGUUCUGUUGGCUAUAGGUCCGAUUGGCUCCAGGGGAGCAGGUUCUGGUGGAGAAGGAAAUUAUCUGGACCUUCAGCCACCUUCCAGUUCUCAGCUCUGGACCAGAACCAACAGUAUCUGGUUCUGGACGGAGGCAGAUAGAAGCGGGUCAGGCGUUCUGCCUCAGUCAGGACCGGAUCAGGAGAAUUCUUCUCAUUCAGCUCAUUACUGUGAAAAUCAUUCAGGUAUGGCUAUAGCAUUAGCAUUUCCCAUCAGCCACUUGAAUUUCAGGAUGACGGCCAUCUUUCAAGAUGGCUGCUGUUUUUUACACCCUUUUAUGUUUGCCAUAAAACAUUUCCCAUUUU